AGUGCCUUCUGUCGACGAUGGUUUUGUCUUCUUGAAUUCACCAGUAAUUUAUUCAUUAAAAAAUCCUGUCCCCUGAUAAAUUCACCUUGAAGCCAUGACAGACGAAAAAGAGGAAUCUCUUGGUAAUCGCUUGACUGCCAAAGAAUUGCUGGUAACCCGUGGAAUUCGUGCCCAGGCAUACGACGAAUACGCGAAAUCAUCUCUCGUGCUACCAAAAUGUGGAGAUAAAUUAUUCGAGCCAAACGGUUCAUGGCUGCAAGAGAAACAGAUCAGUACAAAUCUGGAGAACAUGAGAGAUCUUCUGAAAAUAGAGAGAGUAAACAGACUGUCACAAUUGGCAGUGGCAGAGUGGCUGCCAACAGAGAAGAGAGCCCUCGUCACCAAAAGAUCAGGUGUUGAAUGGACAAAUUACGGUACGGAACUCAACAGAAAUCUCUAUCUAAUCCCAGAAGAGGCUCUAUUGCUCCUAGAGCUCAACUCCCUGGAGUUGAUAUUCAACGGACUCUCACUAUCGAUUCAGCAAGCUUACGAGAUCCUGCUGGACUCGCCAAAUUCCCCUGUCACCCUGAACGAGUAUCGAGUGUUCAGUCAGCUGUCAAGACUGGGUUAUCGCCUCCAACGAUUUCACUACGAUAAAUCAGUGCGUUCAGAGGACGGUUUUCAUCCAAAGAAGAAGGUCAUCGUCGUCCCUGAGAACGGCCAGUGGAUGACAGACCAAAAGCCCCUGAAAACCCGACCAGAGGCAUCAGCGACACCUGAAAAAAUUGAGGUCGAGGUGAAAGAAGCCCUGAAAACAAUGAUAAAUCUCAUAGAUAAAUCUCAGACCCACGAGACCCCAAAAACAAACGGUAACUCUGUGGACCCAGAGGACCCAAAAAAUUCAAAAUCCACAAAACUGGAGAUAGUCCUGGAGGAGACAGUCAUCAACCCGAUAAAAAUCGUGAGGACCCCAGAGCACUCGAAGGGAACCCCCAAAUGGACAGCAUCAAGAAUUCAAAGAAACGUCAAACAAUUGCCAAGACGAAAUGACAACAAACGAAAGCUCCAGAUUACCUCCACGUCACCUCAAUCAAAGAAACCGAAACACGAGGUAAUUGAUCUCUCAGACGAGGACAUCCAGGAGAUUCCGAUAGUCCCAUCACGAAUGGAUUUGCUGAAUCAAUUUCCCAACACGGCCAACAACGACAGGAUCAAAAUAACCACUGACUGCAUUCCCCCCAAUGUCAACCCCCAGAGAAUGAUUUAUCAGUGUGAUAAACAAUAUUUAGAAAUGAUCAAUGAGAAUGAUAAGACUCUCAGGUCAUCAGUGAAGUCAGAUAGAAGUGUUAUGCCUUACGAUAGCAGUAGAUCAUACGAUCAUAGAAACCCUGGCCCCCAUUGGAGGCAUAAUUACCACCAAAAUGGCCACGAGAAUUACCAAAACAGGGGCAUUACGUACAAUCGAUCCUUCAGAAGUGAAUAUUACUCUGGCAAUUGGGUGCAGCGGAGAAUCGAUAGAAAUUCCACUGGCACUCAGAUAAACUCCAGACGCUGGAUGUCCUAUCACCAGGUGAAUGUAAUCAGAAAUUCUGUGACACUGGGGUACACCAUAGCCGCAACAUCUUUCCAUAAUUCUAUGAAUUUCUGUAAUAAUUUCAUGUGGCGGACCCAGAAUUUAUUCCGAGGAAGAUACAAUCAGAGAUCCAUCAGGAUAACUCCCAGAGUUCGUUCGUCGAGUCAGGGGAGUGAUGCUGGACUUUAUCAGUCAUCUUUUGCCAGAGUACCUGCAUCAUCGUGGUCUGAGAUGAAGCAGAAGUGGAGGGAGGCAAAAAUUAUUACUAUUCAUGAUGAAGAUGAUAAAAUGGACUGCAGUGAUGUUGAGCUCGUUGAGGAGAAUAUUCAGCCUUUGGUGGGAGUCAGGCAUGCUGGUAGCUUUGGGGAUGUCUUUGAGAGGCUGAGGAUCAUCAAAUCAGCGACGGAGAAGACUGUCAGAAAGAAGAAAGGGGAUUACAGAAUUUCUUAUAAAGUCUUUCCGAAUAAUACCCUGCACUUCAGAAAAGCUAAUCCAGGGAAUCCCUUGUUUCACAUCGUUAUCUCCAGUCAUUGUAAGCAGUUUCCACAACCAGUUGAAUUAAAUAGACUCCAGCAGGAUGGAAACACUUCAUCAAUAGUCUUCGCUCUCGUAUCAGAUUCAACGACAACCUACAUGCAAGUCGGUGCAGUCUCCCUCCCAAAUUUAUCAAAUGACUAUUUAGUCUAAAAAUUUUCCAACUGUUUUCUACUUUGUUAAUAAACAAAA